AUGAACCCCAAGAAUUGGAAUGACCGUGCAGACAAGGACUUGUUCUUCACCAUCCUGUCGGUCAAAAACAUCGGCGUCAUCAGUGGAACGGAAUGGACCACGAUUGGCAACCACAUGCGAACCAUGGGCUACGGCUUCACCAAUGAGGGAUGUCGUCAACACUUUCAAGGUCUGCGCCGGUCCCAGAACAAAGCCGAGGCAAAACCGGCGGCCCCGGAGACGUCUCGUCGUUUCGACCCGACCCUUAACCCCAUUACUCGUCGACCAGGACCGGGUAGGGGCCGUCCGAGAAAGCUGCCUGCCGGCGCAGGAGCCGAGUCGCCUGCUGACGGAGCCGCCAGUCCUGCCGCUGCUCGUGUUCCAAGCACAAUCCCUACACCAGGGACGACACAGGAGACGCACUCUGCAGACCAGCAGCACGACCAGCAGGAAGCCCGAGCCCGCCAACAAGCGCCACAACCUACCAAGCCAGAGUCUGUCGCCGAAGCGGAAAGGGCGUCGACACCACUGCCGGCAGAAGCGUUGACCACUCCUGCAACGGCAACCACAGACGCUGCUUACGGGGCACCGUCAGAACAGGACGGUGACGCUGACGCUGACGUCGACGCCGACGCCGACGCCGACGCCGAAGCUGACGCCGACGGAACGGAGGAGCAUCCCGCCAAGCGUCAAAGGUUAGACACGCAAGAGCUGGAACACGAACAGCCACUGGACGACGAAGCCGUAUUAGCAUUGGCAGCACACAAUGGCGCCGCAGGAUCUGAUUAUCCCGAAGAGUGA